ACAAGGACAGCAUUUCGGAGAGACGGGAGUACAAGGAACAGCCAGCCAUCGCAGCCUGUUGACGAAAUAAAAUCAACAAAUUGGGCAAGUCGCCCUGCAGAUAGUUGCGCCCCGAACAGAACAGACCAGUCGCGCUACAAACCGAGGCGACGAUCCGGGAACACGACUCCAAAAUGCGCGACACUAUCCUUGCCUCGCUCUUCCUGGCCUCGGCCACCCUCACAUCCGCCAGCCGCCCCGAGUGCCUCCACACCCGCAGCCAGGAACUCUCCAUCGCCGCGUCGUGCGGUCACGAGGGCUCGCUCAACUACUGCUUUUCGCACCUUCCGGCCACCACCCAGCCAGAAGACCUUUCUUCCGAGCUCGAGCGCUGCUUCGUCUCCGCGGGCUGCACGUCCGCCGAGUCCGAGAUCGAAACCCUUCGCGUCCUCGAGCAAUGCAAUAACCCCGAAGCCGAUCUCCGCCGCGGCCGGCGCCAGUUCGCCUCGGAGAACAGCAACGGCAACUCCCCGCUCGCGGACGACGCGAAAGAGCCCCUCGGCGCCCACGACCCGCUCGCGGCACGCGUGACGGCGGCCAUGAACCUCCCGCGCCACACCGGCCUCGCGGACAUCGUCGCCCGGCAAGACCCAGCCACCUCGACCAACGACACGCCGAGCUCGCCGUCGCCCUGCUUCACCGAGACGAGCAGCGACUUCACCACCUGCCCCACACAAACCACGGGCCCCGAGUCCGGCAAGAAGCUCCCCUGCUUCCCGACGGUCAUGAUGCAGCCCAAGUGCCGGGACGGGCUGAUCUGCCAGUCGGACGCGCAGGGCAACCCGUCGUGCAUGUACAAGCGCUCCGGGCUGGGGAUCGACGGCAUCAUCAUCGCGGCCAUCUUCGCGGGCGCCAUCCUGGUCGGCAUCUGCUCCGUCUGCUUCCUGUGCUGCCGCGAGCGCCGCGAGCACCGCCGCACCGAGCGCGCCGCCGAGGCCGCCCGCAUCGCCAAGGAGGCCAAGACCCAGGCCACCGUCGCCGCCAAGCGCGCCGGCACCUCCGUCACCGGCGGCGUCUCGGGCCCCGCCGUCGAGGGCCAGCCGCUGAUGCACCAGGGUGGCGGCGGCCCCUCGUCCCCCGGCCCGCAGCAGCAGCAUUUCCCCCAGCAGGGCGGGUAUUCCGCCGGGAACCCCUUUACCGAUGCCGGCAAUGACGGGCACCCCAUGCGGUGAGCGGAACGGGAUAGCGUUGAGGCGUGAGCGUGGGUUUGGUUGGGGGGCCGAGGGCGUAGAGGUUGGCUCGUAGAUCGGGCGGUUUGCAAUCUCUAGGCUGGGCGGGCGGUGUGUGCUUCUCUUCUCGUCGUCGGGGAG